UUUGAGCAAAUAAAAUUUGGAGAUGGCAAAAUACGGCGUACUCCGUGGCUGAAGAAUUUUUGGGGGACCGACGUUAUAUGGUAAACAUUUGUCUCGGGGGAUAUUAACUUUCGCUACGGAGAGAAAAUAGUUCGAUAAGUUUGCCAAGGGCAAACGAGAGACGCAGAUCGCCGGUCGCGAGAUUCGUUCCUCUGUCCCGACGAAUUUCGCAAAGUAAAUCAAUCAGGUCGGUAAAUACUGACAAAUGAAUUCCCCGAAAUACACGAGGACGAAUCAGUUCUUGGAAAAAUUCAGAAAAUUAAAUCUCCGUUGAGCCUUUCGUAGAUGACGAUAAUUAAACACUGGAAAGUUUCUCUCGGAUAUUUCUCCAAGUGACAAAUCUUUCUCGUAUCGCCGGAACAAAUGCCCGUAAACUUCGAUAUCUCGCCAAUAAGAGUUACCAAAGCUUCCACUCCGGCGAAUGAGAGCAAAGUCGGUCUCGCAGUCGGCGAAGAAAAUGUCGUGGAGGAACGUCGUGAGUGUCAGUGAAGACGUCAAGACGACAAAGUGACUGUGAAAGUGUAGAACGACCGAUGUCACUGACGGACGACGAGGUUGAACAGGUGCGAUGAUCGAAGACGCGACGAUGAUCGUGUUCUUGUUGUUCGUGUGGACGAUGGUCAGGUCGCAGGAGCAGCAGGCUCGGAAGCCGGACUCGCGGCGAGACUCUGCUGCGAAGGAUAAUCGCGAUUCCAGGCGAAAUUCGAAGGAAACAACGUCGUUGGGCCUUUCGUCCUACGCCGACAGACGUAGAUACCGUCUUCGGCGACACUCGCGCCGAUAUUACGUCGAUCGUAACAGGAGUUUCGACGUGGAAAAUGGCGCUUCGACGUUGGAUGGCGGCGCUGGAGGCGGCGGCGGUGCCUCGCCAAGCGCAGGUUUGGUGCUCCAAACUCUGCCGCAGCGACGAGAGAGCUUCCUGUAUCGCAGCGACAGCGACUUCGAGAUGUCGCCGAAGUCGAUGUCUCGAAACAGUUCGAUCGCCAGCGAGAGGUUCAAAGAGACAGAGCUUCCUGUCGAGCGAGCGUAUGUACACGAUCCUAUUAUCUAUUAUUAGCCUCUUUCGUUUCACUUUACACACACACACACACACUCAUAUAUAUAUUAUAUAUUAUAUAUAUUAUAUAUAUAGUCACAGAAAUACACGAAACUUACUAAUGGACACCCCUCGCCACGAUAAUUACGAUCGCUGUAUAAUAUCGUUUCGAUUCGCUGCCUCUUCCUUUAACCACUUUCUUUUUCUCUUUCUCUGUCACACACAUAUAAAUAAAUAUCGAGUAAUGGGAGUAGAUCGAGGAUGCAUGAGAUUGUUCGUUGUUUGAAAGAAGAAAAGAAAAAAAAAAAAAAAUAAAGAACAAAGAAAAGAAACAAUAGAAAACAAGAAAAGAGAAAAAUGAAAUUCUGCCAUAAUUUCGGGGCUGAGUAGUUUGAGUUGUAACUGUUGAGUUAAAUUGCGGCUUGCUUUCAGCGAAUUUUUCUUUGCGAUUGGCUUUCGUUUUGAAUAUAUCUCGUAGAAUAGAACGUUGCGAUCUGUCACGCAGAAAGGUGAUUUUAAUUUUUGAAAUUACAUGAAAUGUGAUUUUAAUUUUUAGUAAUUUCCAAGAUGUUUUGAUAUUUAACUUCAAGGUUAUCAAUCGUAAAUUAUCUCCGUUAAAUGAAAAGUUAAUUUACUAUGGCUCUUCAGUUAAGAAUAACUCAUAUUAACUUUAAUGCCAAAAGUUGAAAGAAAUUGUCGUUCGAUGAGAAGAAGACUACUAGUUUGAAACAUAAAAUGACUAUAGCCAAUAAAAGAAUUUUAAUUUCAAUUGCCAAAUAUCCGCGUUCCUAAUUUUCACCGGGUGUGUAUCUUUCUGCGUAACACGUUCAUCCAAUUACAAUUAUUUCGAAAAUAAUAAAAAAAGCAAAAAAAAGAAAAAAAAAAUGAAAAACAUCGACCGAGAUUAUCAAAUAGUCGAACGCGCUAAUUAGCAAACAUUUUUAACCAAGCAACGAUCGACUCCGAGUUGUUUAUCGGUUGUACAGUCGCUCGUCUGUUUCUGUCGUCGUUUUCUGAAAAAGCAAAAAAA